UCGAAACUCCACCUCUCACGCCUUCCCAGCUCCGGGAGGGGACGCGGGCUCCGGAAAGGGCGGGCAUAAGGCUACGGAUGGGCGGGAUGGAGCAGCCCACCGCAAAGUGGCGGUUUACUUGAGGCGGUUACCUUAGUACUCCGAGUAGACUGAGUCUGUGGCGAGCUGCGGGCCGAUACCUGGCCAGUGCCAUCUCAGCCGGAGCAGACCUCGGGGCCUCAGAAGCAGGCUUUUAUCUGGCCCGAGGCUCCCAGCCGUUCAGCGCGUCUUCCCAUAACCUAUACCGAUUAUUGGGACUCUCGGCUGCAGACACAGGAGUCACAGAUGCUGGGAAGUAUGGCCCGAAAGAAACCUCGAAAUACCUCAAGGUUGCCCCUGGCUUUAAACCCCCUGAAGAGCAAGGACGUGUUGGCAGUGCUGGCUGAGAGGAACGAGGCUAUAGUACCAGUUGGGGCAUGGGUGGAACCUGCCUCACCAGGUAGUUCGGAAAUCCCAGCAUAUACAUCAGCAUAUUUAAUUGAAGAAGAACUAAAGGAACAGCUAAGAAAAAAAAAAGAAGCUUUGAAACAUUUUCAGAAACAAGUUAAAUACCGAGUAAAUCAACAAAUUAGGUUGAGAAAAAAGCAACAGCUUCAGAAGUCUUAUGAAAGAGCACAAAAAGAAGGCUCCAUAGCCAUGCAGUCUUCAGCAGCACACUUAACUUCCAAAAGGACAAGUGUUUUUCCAAACAAUUUGAAUGUUGCUAUUGGAAGUUCUAGGUUACCUCCUUCCCUGAUGCCUGGGGAUGGAAUAGAGGAUGAAGAGAAUCAGAACGAAUUAUUCCAACAACAAGCCCAGGCUCUUAGUGAAACUAUGAAACAGGCACGUCACCGGCUAGCAUCCUUUAAAACCGUGGUUAAAAAAAAGGGAUCAGUGUUUCCAGAUGAUGGAAGGAAAAGCUUUCUUACCCGAGAGGAAGUGCUUUCCAGGAAACCAGCAUCCACUGGGAUAAAUACAGGAAUAAGAGGAGAGUUGCCCAUUAAGGUCCAUCAAGGUCUUUUAGCUGCUGUACCUUACCAGAAUUAUAUGGCAAAUCAGGAAUUUGACCAUGAGGAACCUGACUAUGAGGAAUCUUCAUCUCUUGUAACUGAUGAGAAAGGGAAAGAAGAUUUGUUUGGGAGAGGCCAGCAGGACCAGCAGGCUAUCCAUUCUGAAGAUAAGAACAAACCUUUCAGCAGAGUUCAGAAAGUAAAAUUCAAAAAUCCAUUAUUUGUUCUGAUGGAAGAGGAAGAACAAAAGCAGUUACAUUUUGAGGGCCUUCAGGAUAUUCUGCCAGAAGCCCAGGAUUAUUUUCCAGAAGCCCAAGGUGAUUUGCUGGAAACCCAGGGUGAUUUGACAGGAAUCCAGAGUGUUAAGCCAGAUACCCAGGCUGUUGAAAUGAAGGUUCAGGUUACUGAGCCAGAAGGCCAGGCCAUUGAGCCAGAAGGCCAGCCUAUUAAGACAGAAACUCAGGGUAUUAUGCUGAAAGCCCAGAGUACUGAGCUAGAAGAAGGGAGUAUUGUGUUGAAAACCCAGGAUUUUCUACCCACAAAUCAGGCUCUUCUAACGAAAAACCAGGAUGUUUUACUCAAAGACCACUGUGUUCUCCCUAAAGACCAGAGUAUUCUACUCAAAUAUCAGGACCAGGACUUCCUAUCCAGAGACCAGCAUGUUCUCCCCAAAGACCAAGAUAUUCUGCCAAAAUAUCAGGACCAGAAUUUUCUACCUAAGGACCAGAAUUUUUUAUCUAGAGACCAGCAUGUUCUCCCCAAAGACCAAGAUAUUCUGCCAAAAUAUCAGGACCAGAAUUUUCUACCUAAGGACCAGAAUUUUUUAUCUAGAGACCAGCAUGUUCUCCCCAAAGACCAGAAUAUUCUAUCUAAAUAUCAAGACCAGGAUUUUCUACCUAAAGACCAGGACUUUUUAUCUAGAGACCAGCAUGCUCUCCCCAAAGACUGGAAUAUUCUACCCAAAUGUCAGGACCAGGAUUUUCUACCCAGAGACCAAGGUGUUCUUCCCAAAGACCAAAAUAUUCUACCCAUAUGUCAGGACCAGGAUUUUCUACCCAGAGACCAAGGUUAUCUUCCUAAAGACCAAAAUAUUCUACCCAUAUGUCAGGACCGGGAUUUUCUACCGAGAGACCUGCAUAUUCUCUCCAACGACCAGAAUAUUCUACCCAAAUGUCAGGACCAAGAUUUUCUACCAAAAUAUCAGAAAGCAAGUCUGAAGCAGCCAACAUCCAUUUUGAUAGGUAGGAGAGGGAGAGAGGCACUUGCUCUGGAUGUCUAUCAGGAUCUUCUAUGCAGGCAUCAUCAGGCCUCCAUCAGAGGCAAGAAAGUACACUUUAAGGAGCCAUACUCUGAUAUGACAGAUGAGAAAGGGAGAGAAGACUUUUCUCUGGCAGACUAUCAGUGUUUGCCUCCCAAAUCCCAGGACCAGGAUGACAUCAAAAAUCAGCAACCUGCAUCUUUUAUGAGAGAAGAAAGAGUGAGAGAGGAAUUGCCUCUGGACUAUCAUCAAUAUGUUGUACCUAAAAUCCAGGACCAAGACUCCCUUAGAGAACAGAACAAGCAUAUCAAACUACCCUCAUCUUUUGAGAAAUGGGAGAUUGCAAGAGGAAAUACUCCUGGAGUGCCAUUGUGUGAGAGGGGAAGAAAUGAGCAGUUUCUGAGGGCAGGGGUUAUGAGGAUCUUCCACCCCAUGGCCAGUACUGGAUCUCCAUCAGCUUAUGAUAGGUAUCAAUCAGGAUUGAGCACUGAAUUCCAAGCUCCACUGGCAUUUCAGUCUGGCGUGGAUAAAGAAGAAGAUAAGAAAGAGCGUCAAAAGCAGUACCUGAGACAUAGACGACUUUUCAUGGAUAUUGAGAGAGAACAAGUUAAAGAACAACAAAGGCAAAAAGAACAAAAGAAGAAAAUUGAAAAAAUUAAGAAAAAGAGAGAGCAAGAACGUUAUGCUGAAGAGCAGAGGAUCCUAAGAAUGAACUUUCAUGAAGAUCCAUAUUCAGGAGAGAAGUUGAGUGAGAUAUUAGCCCAGUUACAACUUGAAGAAAUAAAAGGAACCAGAGAAAAACAACAGAGAGAAAAAGAAUACCUGAGAUAUGUAGAAGCUUUACGAGCCCAAAUCCAGGGGAAAAUGCAGCUGUAUAAUAUUACUUUACCUCCACUAUGCUGUUGUGGUCCUGAUUUUUGGGAUGCUCAUCCUGAUACCUGUGCCAACAACUGUAUUUUCUAUAAAAACCACAGAGCAUAUACUCGGGCACUACAUUCAUUCAUCAAUUCCUGUGAUGUCCCUGGGGGUAAUUCAACUCUUCGAGUCGCAAUUCAUAAUUUUGCUUCUGCACACAGGCGGACUUUGAAAAAUCUAUAAUAAGAAUCUGAAAUUAACUGGUAGUAUUUUGGCUUUUACUUAAAAUCAGCACUGAGAGAGUAUUUAACAAAAGCUGUUCAAGUUAUAAAAUAUAUAAUCUGGAAAGAAAUACUGUCUCAUAUAAUAACUGUCUUUAUAAUUAGAUUGUAAUCAUUGUUUUAAUCUCUGUCUUGGAACCAAGAUUGAAAGCUGACUUACUUCUCUCUUCUUUCUUGUGAACCAUACGGAGCCUAUUAUUUUAAAACAUGAUCAGAGAAGUAAGGCUUCUCUUACUUUGCUCUGCUCUGAUCAGAAGAGCUCAUGUGAAAUCUUUGAGAUUCUCUCAUUUAUCAUCUUUCUAAAACUGUGUUUUUGAGCUUGACAAUACUGAAAAUGUCUGGAUGAAGCAGAAAAGAAAGUGAUGAAAUGUGUUUCUGAGCAUCAGAGACCAUCUAUAUUGCCAUUACCUUUUCUAAUUGUAUAUAAGAAUUCAAGAUUAGAAGAAUUUAGAUUUGUUGCACAUUUUUUUCCUCAGCAUUUUUUCCUCUUGUUUUUAAAAAUGUAUUGCCUCUUUCCCCAUUCAGUGACACUGGACAUAGGAAUUUUUAAUUGUGUAAUUUUCUGUUGCAAAAAGGGUAAAUAAAUCCUUUGUCUCUUGUAUAUCUUCUAUGUGAAAUAAUUGUGAGUGACAUUUGAAAAAGUGAAUCUGAAGUCAAAGUGAGUAAAUUCCUUAUUUCCCUAUUUUUUAAAAACCUGGUAUAUGACAUGGCUACAGGGCAAAUGAAAUAAAAAUUGCCAUAGUUGGAAUGAA